CUUGUGGUAGUGUUUUGGAAGCGCCACCUGGUGACGUCAUCAAACGCCGACCGGAGGUAUUCUGGAAAACAAGACAAGCAUCAUGGCGGAGCGCGCAGACACACAUGCCGGUGCUGAUGUGGAGGACAUGCCUGAGCUGUCGGACGGCGAUGACGACUUCGGUGACGACGAAGCGCAAUGGCAGUGGAUGGAGGAUCAUGACGGCAGUCCACACGUCACCUGUUUGUUCUGUGACAGAUUACUGAACUCGGUGCUUGACACCCUGCAGCAUUGCACAGUAGAGCACCACAUCAACCUGGUAGAUGUGAUAAACAAACACCAUGUUGAUGACUACAGCUACAUAAAGCUGAUCAACUUUAUACGCUCAACGAAAUGUGAACCAACACAUCUGAUGGGGCUGCCGGACGGUCCUUUACCGUGGGAGAGUGACGACUUCCUCCGGCCUGUUAUACAGGAUGACCCUCUUCUCCAAACUGACCCAGAGGAGCUGUGUGGUCAGCAAGGGGAGGGUCUGUCAACAUGCGAGCCAUCGGGGGCAGAGUCCCGCCAUGCAAUAUUGCAGAGGGCAAACGCCGCUGAGGAGAGAGCCCGUCGCUCAGAGGACGCUCUAGCUCGAGCCAUGGAAGAUCUGCACAAACUUAAGCUGCUGGCUCAGGGUUUGGUGCUCAAUGCGGAAACCCGAAGAACCGCUAACCUGGGCAGUGUAGCCGAGCUUCGAGAUGACGAGGACGAAGCCUACUUCAGCUCCUAUGGCCAUUAUGGCAUCCAUGAGGAGAUGCUGAAGGAUAAAGUGCGAACUGAGAGUUACCGCGACUUCAUGUACAGUAACCCUGAGGUGUUCCGAGACAAGGUCGUUCUAGAUGUAGGCUGCGGGACUGGCAUACUGUCAAUGUUUGCUGCCAAGGCUGGAGCCAAGAAGAUUAUUGCUGUUGACCAAUCAGAAAUCAUUUACCAGGCCAUGGACAUAGUCAGGUCAAACCAGCUGGAGGACAAGAUCACUUUCCUCAAAGGCCGCAUAGAAGACAUCUGCCUCCCUGUAGAGAAGGUGGACAUCAUCAUCUCUGAAUGGAUGGGUUACUUUUUGCUGUUUGAGUCCAUGUUGGACUCUGUCUUGGUGGCCAGAGACCUCUAUUUGGCAGACGGUGGCUCGGUCUACCCAGACCUUUGUAACAUCAGCCUGGCAGCAGUUGGAGAUAAACAGAAGCACCAAGAACGCAUUGCAUUCUGGGAUAAUGUGUACGGAUUCAACAUGUCAUGCAUGAAGAAGGCUGUGGUGCCAGAGGCUGUGGUGGAAGUGGUGAAUGCAGACACGCUCAUCUCUGAGCCUACAGUCAUACAGACAAUUGACUGCAACAGAGUGUGUCUGUCAGAGUUGGAGUUCGCGUCCGACUUCUGCUUGAAGAUUACCAACACCGGAGACUGCACGGCAAUUGUCGGCUACUUUGACAUUUUCUUUGACAAAGGCUGCUGCAACAAGGUGAUGUUCUCCACGGGUCCCCAGGUCACAAAGACACAUUGGAAACAGACUGUCUUCCUUCUAGAGAAACCCCUAGCAGUCCAGGCAGGGGAGGAGCUUCGAGGGAAGAUUACAGUGCGUAAAAACAAAAAGGAUCCUCGCUCACUGUUGGUCACCUUUGAUCUCAGAGACAGGAAGCUCACCUACAGCCUUCAGUAAUGUCAUGCAACAAUUGUGUUUUUAUUUUUUAUUUUUUUUAAAUCCAUUAGCCUUUCAACUUUGUGUCCACAAAGUAUUUCCCUUACUUGUA